CCGCCCAAACAUUCAAACGGUGCCUCACCUGAUGAGCUUCCAUUUUGUGUUUUCCGCAUUGCGCGUAGUUCAGCGGCCAUUUUCUCGUUAUUUUUCUUUCAGAUCGUUACGCACAAAUGCUACGCGUAGUUCAGUUUUUUUUUUUUUUUUUUUUUUUUUUUUUUCCUGUAGUUGUAGAGAAUUUUUCAGAUGAAAGUCUUUCUCCUCACUCUUCAUCUUCAUCUGUUAGUGUUGCUCUUCCUCCGGAGCUUCGCUAUCCGUUCUCUAUGAUGUAUGCUGUUGUUGACUGUUACUGGUUUGGAUCGAUGUGGUAGCUUCAUGCGUGCUUUGUUCAUUUUUUGCUGUUGGCGAGGUUUUGUGGAGGAAGGUAGUGGUUAGGUUAGUUCGCGGAGGUUUUUGAAGUGGUUUGGAGCUGGUUAUCACAUGUUAAUUCGAGGAUGGUGUAGUAGCGAUGGAAGCUGAGGUGUUGAGGAAGACGAAGUUGUGCUUUGUGAUGGUGCUGGUGGUGUAGGGUUUCGGGUGCAAUGAAAAGUGGUCGAUAGGGAAUCGGAUGAUACGCGAGAGAUUGAUAUUUUGUGAGAAAUGAGGGGCGGCAUGGUGGGGUUCGUGGUGAACGAAAAGGAGAAUACGCCGGUGCGGGAGAAGGGCAAGAAAGGGACAGGCACGAAGAGCAAAGAGGCGGAGAUUUCGCGUAGGUUGAGCAUUAGCGAGUCCAAAUCUCGACCGCAUUAUCUGAGGGUGAUAACGAAUCGGUUUCAGCGGAAGGGAGGGUCUGGGAGGGGACGCAUAACUGCACAUCGACCUAUUCAUUUGGAUGGCAGUCCUUACGAAUUCAGCUCGAGGUCCGAUAGAGAAGGAAAUAAGAGGAAGUCAUUCACCGUAUAUGAAGAUGACAUGGACUGUAUGAGCUGCUCUUUCAAACAACCAAAAUUUCCAAUCGAGUUAGGCAGCUCGAGAAAUGUUCCUACAGUUGCCGGGUCCAAGAAUGCUACAUUAGAGCGAUGCAGGACCCUCAACGACGGAGGAAAAUGGGAGCAGAUUGCACCAACACUGGUGGGUCAGCAGGAGCCAAAAUUACACAUUCUGGAGAGUUUUACAGCAUUUCGAGCUCGUAAUAAGGCUAGGUUCUCUGUAAAUUUAAAACCGUCACUACUGGAGCCUGCCAACCAACAAGAGUCAGGCUCAGUAUCCUUAGAAGUACUAGCUGCAAGAUGGCAACGUGGUGGAAGACGAAGUUUAUAUACUCGGCGCUCACUUGGUAUGAGUGAGCUAGAAGAUAUCAAAGAGUCAUUCAGAAAGUUUGAAGAACAGAUUCUCGAGAAGGAGAUGCACGACCAGUAUCUCGAGAAGGAGAUAAGCAACCAGCAUGUUGAGAAGGAAAUCCACGAUCAGUAUCUCGAGGAGGAGAUGCACGACCAAUAUCUCGACGAGGAAAUGCGUGAGCAGGAUUUUGAGAGGGAGAAUCAUGAGCAGGAUGUUGAGAAGAAGAUGCAUGAUCAGGAUACUGAAAAGGAGAUGCAUGACCAGGAUGUUGAGAAGGAGGUGAAUGACCAAGAUGCGGAGAAAGAGAUGCUCGAGGAAAAUCUCUUAGACCAAGGAAGAUCAAUUGUUCCUGUUCAAGAUAGUGUGGCACGCGAGGCAGCUGCAGUGCCUGUGGAUGCGCAAGAAAAUGUCCGUGAAUCGGGGCCUGAACCCUUCUGUAGCCUGGACUGGGAGCUGUCGAGCCCGAGAAGUGGCGGGCUUGAAACUGAGGAUGAAACUGCAUAUGUCGACUUAUCGACCCCUCAGCUAAAUGUUUCGAAGGACAAGCUGAGGUUGAAUCAGGAGGCUCUCUUUUCAGAGUCCACAUCUGUCAUCUUGGAGCUUGGAGUCUCACCUCUAGCAAGCGAUUCCAACGAAGCUAUCGAGCAGCUGACUCCUGCAAAUCUCCCAACUACAGGUUGCAGUGCCGACGACACUCCCCAGCAAAGCUUGGAAGAACUUGAAUCAGAACUUGCACAAACUGUGGAGGCCGUUCAAGUCUGGUCGGUGGAACUAGAUCCCAGUCGCAGAAGACGAGAGAGCGAGUACUAUAACAAGCGACAUUCUCCAGGUCUAAGGCGCUUUGUUCUAUCCUCAUCUAAAUUAGCCAACCAGGUGCCAGAAACCACAGACUACGUUAUGCCAACGCCCACCAUGUUCAGUGAUCAUGUAGACCGAGCCACUCAAUUCAAUGAUGGCUGGCCUUCCUCCAUGACACCCAAUGAAUUCAUCACGAGUAAACCAGUGAAUGAACCAGUGCAAUCUUGUGAAGGGGGGUUACAAUCAACCGAUUUGCCCUCCUCAGAAAAGAGCCUGAAUGAAGUGCCGAGGGAUGUAAUGAUAACUGCCAGCGGAUUUCCGAGCUGUCUUGACCACGCCGCUCCGGAUGAGUUAGAAACGCAGGAUUCAUUUACAGAUAAUGAACGAGAAACGCAGGCUUGGGGGGAUAGCAAAACAACUCCAACAACCUGUGGGUCACCCUGGCCCGAUCAAAGCCCAGUGCCUCCGAUGCGUUCAUCAGCACAACCGAGUAGACUCCAUGAGAAGGCCAAAAGUUCUUUUGGAUCACCGUCUCUACAAUUAGAAGUCCCGAGGAGAGAUGACUCUAUGGCAGCUACCCCCCUCAUGCUGAAGCCCUCCUUUGAUACAUUUGGAAUGUCCCUAACGCCUCCAAGGAAUCCCUGCCUUCUUUUCGGAGAUCCUUUUAUGAGGCAGAUGAACGGCGAGGAGCUUAGCCGAAUGUGGUUGCAGUUUUGCACUUCUCCUACUGUUGUGUCAGAUGGUUUAGUUGGGAAAAAAAACUCUUCGACAGUGGAAUCUCCUUCCACUAGGCCCAUAUGCAGGCAGCCAAGAGCAUCCUUUCAAAGCGAACAGGUGUUGCAAAGAACUACCAAGGUGGAUGUGGUUCCUCGCACUGAUGAGGAGGGUGGAAAAAGACGUGAUCUCGAUGGUAAAACAUCAGUGUACGCUGAAGGUGUGUUUCCUAUUGCGGGACAGGGGGUUCUAACUAAUGACUUCCUCGAUGGUAAGACAUCAACGCACGAUGAAGAUGUGCUUCCCAACGCUGAAGUGGAGGCUUUAAGUAGUGACGGCCACGAUGGAGGAAUGGAUUACGAAAACGAAUAUGAUGAUAUGAGCAAUGACACGACAUGCAUUGUUCAAAAGGUGUUAUCAUGUUCUAUUAAUGAUCAAGAAGGCACUAGUGCUUUGAAAGAAUGUCCUAGGGAAAUUGACCCUCUUGACAUUGACAUGCGUCAGACAACUUCGACACCCUCAAGAGAUGAUAUCCAUGCUGGGACUAUCGCAGGCUCAGUUGUGGAAUAUUCCCCAGCACAGCAGGACGAGGUCCACAUUGACCAAUUUAUGAACUCUUUACAGGUGACACCAGGUGUGGAUGAGUCACGUCUGGAAAGGGCGAACACAUAUGGUGAAAGCGUUUCAAACGAUGUCAACCUCAACGGCCAGUCCCCUCCUGGUAACGUCGGGCGUCUUAGUCCAGACAAAGAACUGAUUACCCCUGGAAAAGAUGGAUCCAAGCGUUCAGCUGAGGCACAAGAUGAAUGUACUCCUGUGCUAAGAAAACCCAAGCCGAAACGAUCAAGAAAGGGCACAAAAGCCAAGAAAGUGGAUAGCCCUUUGGAUGCUGGUUCGAAAUGGUCAGAUGGAAAGCGAAAAAGUACACGCAUAAGAUCGAAGCCUUUGGAUUGGUGGAGGGGGGAGAGAAUGCUUUAUGGGCGUGUCCAUUCCAGUCUGAACACUUUAAUUGGAAUCAAGCAUCUGUCACCUGAUCCUGUGUGGCCCAGGCCACGAGACAAAAAGAACAAAAUGGUCCCUCCGAAAUUCAAAGUAGAUUCAUUUGUUUCUGAUGAACACAAAGAGCUGCUUAGGUUGGCAGCGCAGUGAUACUUGUCCAUGCUUUGCCCAAUCUUCAGUCUGCUCGUACUAGUUACCUGGUGUAAUCGUCAUCAAGCAACUUUGAUGGGAGAUCCAGGAAGGCUUCAACUUACAAUGGUGGAAUUUUGUGUGCGGUGUAAGAUACAUCACCUUUUGUAAACUACUACAUUGACCCUGUAAAAUAGCGGCUUGACACUCUACCCUGCCGUUGAACGAU